CUUUAACAUUAACAUCAAAGUUGACUUUUUAAAGUUUGUAAUUCUCUAAACGUUUUGAUUUCUGGAGGUUCAACAGCACCUGACCCACCCACCCACCACCACCACCCACAACCACAGGGUGUUUGUCCUGAACGCUGGGUGCAGACGGGGAGAGACGGUAAAGAGAACUGAGGGCUUACGGAGAAGAAGCAAGCACCGCGGCGCCGUCAGGGACAAAAAAAGGAUAGCAGGAGGAGGACGAGGAGAACAAGGGCACACCGAGCAGGAGGAGAAGCCACAGCCAGCAGGAGUUGUCUAAAGGAGGAGUGUUGACAUCUAACCGAAGAUGAGUGCGUACACAGUGACUCUGAAUGGCCCCGCUCCAUGGGGCUUCAGACUACAGGGAGGAAAGGACUUCAACAUGCCACUAACCAUCUCUAGGAUAACUCCGGGCAGCAAAGCAGUGGGAGGCAGCCUGGCCCAGGGAGACAUCAUCUCAGCCAUCGAUGGGGUCAGCACUGAGGGGAUGACGCACCUGGAGGCCCAGAACAAGAUCAAGUCUGCAGUCCACAAACUGUCACUCACCAUGCAGAAAUCAAGACGUCCUGCACUAGUUGCCACAACAACUCAAAGAAUGGACUCACCCAUGCAAAUGAUCCCCCACCAGAAGGUCAUUGCCAACACAGCUGCAAAUGUGGAGUACACUCCCAGCUUCAACCCCAUAGCUCUGAAAGACUCUGCAAUGUGCACCCACAAGCCCAUUGAGGUGAAGGGUCCGGGAGGAAAGGCCACCAUUGUUCACGCCCAGUACAACACACCAAUCAGCAUGUACUCACAGGACGCCAUCAUGGACGCCAUUGCAGGGCAGUCGCAGGCCAAGGGACACGACGGUGAGGAAGCCGGCUCCCCCUUGGCUGGAUCUCUGCCUGUUAAGGACCCUGUGGUAGACUGCGCGUCUCCGGUUUACCAGGCAGUGAUCAGGCCAGGAGAGGCAAGUGUGGAUAUGUCUGAAUGGGCUCGUCGUGCUGCAAACCUGCAGUCCAAGAGCUUCAGGAUGCUGGCCCACAUCACUGGCACUGAAUACAUGCAAGACCCAGAUGAGGAAGCCCUGCAGAAGUCGAGGGAGAGGUUUGAGUCGGAGUGAAAGGACCCCGCUUUGCCAAGCUGAAGAAUUGGCACCAGGGGCUGUCUUCACAGAUCCUCAAUGUCCAGGAGUAAAGAGGAGCAGGAGAGAAAGUGAAAGAGGGGACAUGUUCAGGAGGAAAUGGACAAAAGCACAGGAGUUAAGGGGAGAGGAUACAUUAUAAUGGAAAAAGGAGCAGGAGGAGGAAACUCCACGGGAAUGUGAGAUAGUGUUGUAGUGUAGAUUAGUAGAAUGUGAGAUACUAAAUGUUAGUGUGAGAAUGCUAUGUGUUCAUUAGCUCAGUAUUACCUGUCAAAUGUAUGUCUGCUGCUAAGACCUGAUAAUGCAUUUGGGUUUUUCCUUUUCUUUCUUUUCUGUUUGUUGGGUUCUGUCUCUCAUAAAUUAAAGGGAAUUUGUAUAAAAAAAAUAAUACUUCAAGGUGAGAUGCAGAAGUGAAUAAUGUUUCCUUCAUGGCUUACAUGCAGUAGAAUACAUACGCCUCAUUUAAGAACAUGAGGAAUUUAAUAUUACAUGCAUGCUUGUGAGAAGGCACACGAGGACAAACACAGAGAUUUAACUACAUGCACAAAUACAUUAUGUUAAAUAUGCACUCAAAAAAUGUACUGAUAUCAAUGUGAAUAAAUGUUUUCUUUAAACCAGACGGCUCAGUGAAA